GCGUGUUGUGGGGGCGUGGCUUUGGAGCUACGCAGUUAUAACGCGGAAGGUAAACACGUGCCGUACACAGUUCAAUUUUACUUUAACAAAGAAUAUUUUCAUCAUGAGAGCUGUAACGCUAGAAACCCAGGCAAAGAGGACUUCCAGGAGGUCCAAGAUUGCCAAACCUGUUGUUGAGAAACGCAGGCGGGAGAGGAUCAACCAUAGUCUAGAGACAUUACGGCUUCUUCUUCUGGAAAACAUGGAUGAUGAGAAGCUGAAAAAUCCCAAAGUGGAAAAGGCUGAAAUUUUAGAGAGCGUGGUUCACUUCUUGCAAGCUGAAAUUCAGAUGAAGAAGGCUCCUCGUUUUGGAAAGAAGCUUCAUUUUGAGGAGGAGGCGAGACAACAGAACUACGAGGAUGGCAUGAGGUCCUGUCUGCGCAGAGUCAGCAGCUUCAUAGCUCACAAAUCACAGGAUUCUGAGCGCCAAAGUCCAUUGGAUUUCUCCCCGAUGUACGCCUCCUCCCCCGGUCACCUCUCGCCCCCGGGACAUCUGUCUGUUCCGGGACAGUCCCCCUCGGGCCAAUUCGGGAGGGCGCUUACAUCCUCUCCAUCUCUCUCUCCUCCACUGGUCCAGACGCCGAUGCACUACCCGAUCCACUCACAGACCGCUGCUCGGCACUGUGGUUUGACGCCACAAAAGCUCAACAGCGACACAGUGUGGAGGCCGUGGCCCCAGUAAAACACUUGAACUUAAAAAAAGUCUAUUUUUAUACGCUGCCUUUGUACAUUUGUAAAUAUGUAAACAUUGUACAGAAAUUGUACUUUUGUACAGAACAGAAGCUCUAGGGGUUUUUUUUUUUAGAUGAAAGGUGCACCUUCCUAAUUUGUGUCUGUACUUUUUUGCUGCUGAGAACACAAAUUGAAGUGUGCGUGAAUGAUUUCAAUGAAAUACAUUUGUGUUUUUUACCUUGUGAAAAUGUUUCCUUACGUGUUGAUCAUGAGUUUUGCAAAGCCUCUUGAUGAGCAACCUUGUUGUCUGGUACAAUAAAAGUACUUCUCUGCUCUUUCAU